GGACCCUUUAAAGCGCUACACGCCAGAAUCUCAUUGCUGCGCUAUCUGCGCGGGAGAAAGAAACUAGUCUACAGAUUCAUAUCAGUCAGUAAGAGUUAGCGCUGAGAUUUGAGUUCAAAAUGAGGAGAAUAAAGGACAUUACGUCCUAUUUCCACCCCCAAAAGAAUUACGAGGCAGAAGCUGAGACAGGCAGAGAUGCAGAGAUGUGUCAGAAUGAUGAGACUGAGAGGGUCAGAGAAAGAGAGCCUGUGAACUUUGGAGUGAUUUUCAGUAAGUCCACAGAGCAGGAACAAGAGAAAGAUGAAGGACCUAAUAGUGAGGAAGAGCCUGAGGGAGGCAUGCAAGCAGAGUUUGAGACACAGACAGAGGACCCACGUACAUCCACAAGCACUGGACCAUCAGAUAUCAGCAAAAGUAGAGAAGAGCCACCGAUGCAGCCAAGCCUUAAGUUGUUCCCAAGGAGCUUGAUGGGGGGCAGAAGGAGGCGCUUCAAGGCAGCCUGGUACCACAUCUGCCCCUGGCUUGAGUUUUCACAGAACUCGGACUGGGUGUAUUGUUACGCUUGCAGACAUUUUAGCCCUCCAGACACGGUCUCUGACUCACCAUCCGGAUUCAAAAACUGGAAGAAAGCAACCUAUAAAGUGGGGGGGUUUGCAAUGCACGCAAGAUCUGAGAGGCACAAACAAGCUAUGGUCAGCUGGAGGGACUAUCAGAAAGCUGCAGCAGCUAAUGCAACACUGGUGAAUGCCUUAAACAAGGAGCACAACAGACAGAUCAGAGAAAACAGGGAAUGCGUAAAAACUAUAGGGGAAGUUCUGCUACUUAUGGCCACGCAGAACAUGUUCCAAAGAGGUCCCGAUGAGUCUGCAGACUCUGACAACAAAGGUAUUUUCAUGGCAAUUCUAGAGACAAUUGCUAAUCAUGACAAAGCUGUUAAAAAAAGGUUAACUUCGUUUCACAAGGCAAAUUGCACAAGCGAAAUAAUCCAGAAUCAGGCCCUGGAUUGUUUAGCAGACAUGGUUCGGACUGAAAUUGCUGAAGAAGUGAAAAGCAGUGAAAUCUUCAGCGUCAUGGCUGACGAAACAAAAGAUGUCCAGAAACGGGAACAGAUCUCUCUGGUGCUGAGGUAUUACUACGAUGGAGCUAUCCGGGAAAGCUUUCUCCAUUUUGAGUCCGCAGAGAUGCUGGAUGCAGCAGGUCUCAGUCAGAAAAUAAUCCACGUGCUAAAAAGUCACGGCCUAGAGUACAAAACGAACCUGGUAGCUCAAGCGUACGAUGGGGCUUCGUUCACGAGUGGUAAGCAUUCUGGGGUCCCGGAACGAAUCGGAGAGGAAGCAAAAUACGCCUUUUACAUCCAUUGCAGUGGCCACUGUCUAAAUCUAGUUUUAGUAGAUGCGGUCAAAGCUGUCCCAGGGGCAGAGCUGUUCUUCUGCUUGCUAGAAAAACUUUACGUGUUCACAUCUGGAUCAGCCGUCCAUCCUAAAUGGCUAGCUAUACAAAGAGAGAUGUAUGAAGGAGCACCGAGAGAGCUUCAGCGAUUAAGCGAUACACGUUGGGCGUGCCGAUUCCUAGCUCUGCGUGACAUCAUGGAUCGGCUGCCCGCUCUCCAGCGACUCCUUCAAGAGAUAGCCCAAGAACGUAACGGCGAAAGCUCCGUUGAGGCCCGAGGUCUGCUGGCACAGAUGGAUCUUGGGUUCGUGGUGCAUCUUGUCACGCUCCGUAAAGUGUUUGGAGAAACAAAACGUCUCUCUGAUAUGCUGCAGGCCUCGUCACUGGAUAUUUCGAAAGCUGUAGAGGUAGCCGAAGCUUUGGUUCAGACAUUAAAUGACCUCAGGCAGGAGUCGAGUUUUGAUAACGUUUGGGAUGAAGCGCUAAACAUUUCCGGGCAAUGCGAUGUAACACAGCCAGCUGCCAAAAGACAAAAGCCGCUAAGCUCUAAACUCGGUGAGAACCGUACAAUGACUGCUGUUGGUCAGAGGGAGUCGGAACGAGAUAAAGAUGGAUUUCGCACGACCUUUUUCUACCCUGUCAUUGAUCUGGUGCUCAGUGAGAUUAAUAGGCGUUUUUCCAGGACAAACUGGGACAUAAUGAAUAGCAUCCAGGCUCUAAAUCCUAAAAAAGAUGCAUUUCUAAACAAGACCGCUCUGUACUCAGCUGCCCGACUGUACGAUUCAAAUAUCGAUGAUUUGGGGCAUGAACUGGAUCACUUUAGCAGGGUUUUGGAGAGAAAGAUCCAGACCGUGAUGCCGAGACCCGCUAGCACAGUGGAGCUAAUACAGUUCAUUGAGCCGUAUAAAGAAGUUUUUUUCGAGCUCCACAGACUCUGCAAAAUAGCAGUUGCCAUCCCAGUGAGUACUGCUUCUUGUGAGCGGAGUUUUUCCACUUUGAGACGGGUGAAAACUUACCUCAGAUCCACCAUGAACGAUGACAGAUUGAGCAAUCUGGGUGUACUGAGCAUUGAGUGGAGGAGGGCCAAGGCUUUAAAUCUUGACUCAUUUGUUGAUCGCUUUGCUAGAAAUCACCAAAACCGCAGAAUACAGUUGCUUUAAUUUGAAAUCCUAUGUAGGAAAGAAGACUGAGAUACAGAUGCCAUCUAGGCUAACAUUAAAAGGCUAUAGUGGAUGCACUCAUUGGUUUAAUUUGUUUUCAUUGUCAGUAUUGUUACAGAAAUAAAUACAAGUGCUAUUUUAUUUAAAGCCUUCAACAAACAAGGAUGUUUUAUUUUGUUUUCUUUUGGCAAUUUCUUUGGACA